AUGGCUGGUAACUUUUGGCAGAGUUCGCAUUAUGACCAGUGGAUAUUCGAAAAGCAAGAACUACUCAGAAUGCGCAGUGAAGAUCUUAAGAUUUAUACUGAGGAAGAAUAUCAGAAACUGAUGAUUUUCUGGGCCAAUCUCAUACAGACACUUGCCGUCGAAGGCAUACAACAAGGACAUCCGAAAACAAGAAUGCAGGUGAUUGCCACUGCAAUCGUUUAUUUCAAGCGCUUUUACGCUCGACGUUCUUACAAAGAUGUGGAUCCACUUCUUAUUGCCUGUGCCUCUGUAUUUCUGGCAUCCAAGGUUGAGGAACACGGCCUCAUGUCAAUGUCAAAUCUCAUCAAAACAAUCCCUAACUGCCUGAAAAAAUGGCCUAAUCUUACUUACGAUGCGUCUUCGAAGAAUAGUGGCUUAUAUGACGCUGAGUUCAUACUGGUCGAAAUGCUCGACUGCUGUCUUGUAGUAUAUCAUCCCUAUCGACCCCUCACUACAAUGCUGCAGGUGGCCAAUGACUCACUACGUAGUGAUUGCUCCUUGCUCUAUCCUCCUCAUAUUAUCGCCAUUGCUUCUAUCAUCGUUGGAGCCGAGCUAAUGAAUCGUGAAAAGGACAUAAAGAAGGUGUACGACUGCGUUAAUACCAUAUUUGCUAUGUACAAAACGUGGAAAACAUUCGACGAAAAGGAACAUGUGAAGCCGUUGUUCGACAAGCUACCCAAAAUCAAUCCAGGACCGACGUUCUAG